CCCUCUUCCUUUUUAGUCCUGGCAGACGAAAAACAAAAUUUGAACGACAAGAAAAUGAAGGCGAAAAGGAGAUCAAGAUUUUUCGUCUAUCUUGUAAUUCUGGUUCUCGACGUUUUUCCCCAUCCGCAUCUCGAAACAAACUCGGAACUACUUUGUUGUGAGAAAUUAACCAACAAAAGUGAUUUUCGCUGCUGGAAUGAAACAUUAGAGAUGAAGACCACAACGAAUACGACAGCAACUGGUCAGUGUGUACUAGGAAUGUCGAAGAAAACAUGUUUUAAUGCAACUUUGUUGGGGCCAUGCUGGAAAAUUCCAAAGGCGAGCAUGCUAGCUCCAGGAAAAAGAGAAAUAGAUAUAGGGGCAUUUGUUCCUUUCCUAAAGGAUGAUAGAUACGGUUACUACAAUGCUAUGAAAAUGGCCAUCGAUAUCAUUAACAACAGGACUGAUGUAUUGCCAAACUAUACACUGGUGUUGGACGUGCAGGAUACUGCUUCGGACACUGGUGCACAAGCCAUAAGAGCUUUCUACAGACUGCUAAACAAGGAAAAGAAACCUGCAAUACUGCUUGGACCUGCAAGUACAGAGGCCUUAGAACCUGUAGCAGAGGCUGCAACACUGUGGUAUCUCAUUCAGGUAUCUUACGCAUCAGGGUCUCCAAAAUUUGAAUCCAAGCUGAAAUAUCCCAACACUUAUCGAGGAGCUCCAUCGUCAACGUCCUACAGCAAAGCUAAGGUGGCCUUUAUAAAAUACUUUGGCUGGAAAAGAGUGGCUAUACUCCAUCAGUAUGAUCCAGAAUUCUUUUCUCCGACGGUGGAGAAGCUAAAGAAUGAGCUGAAGAAAAGCAAUAUCAGCAUCAUCGCAGUGGAAGGAUUUGAACAGCUGGGCGACGUCAGUUAUCAAUUGCAGAAACUCAAGGCUCUCGACGCAAGAAUCAUAAUUGGCGAGUUUAACUUCAUGGGAGCUAAAAACGUUUUUUGUGAAGCUUUCAAACAAAAAAUGUAUGGUCCGAACUAUGCUUGGAUAAUAUUCGGAGAAUUUGCGCCCAGCAAAAUAAUUCCAAUGAAAGACAAAGAAAAUACUCCUUGUACAGUUGACGAGCUGAAGCAAGCAGUUGAUCGCUUCAUAUCAACUGUCAAGCUUAACAUUCGUCAGGACGAUAAGGAAACGUUCUCUGGAAUGACUGCAAAACGUUUCUGGAGGGAAAUGUUAAAGCUGAAUAAGACCAAGUGGCUAAGAAAAGAAUCUGCGUACGCCUUUGACGUGGCUUGGAUAAUUGCAUUAACACUGAAAGCUUCCCUCGCCAAUGGAUUGGAGUACGAGAACCUCCACACGCCAAAUUACAAGUACCCUCUCAAGAUGAGAAAAUUAAUUAGGAACAUAAGCUUUCAAGGACUCACUGGUCCAUUUCGUUUUGAAGAAGCCAGAGAACGACUUGGAACAGUUCUCAUUAAACAAAACAGGAAAGAAAACGAGACCAGGGUUGGUCAACACUUUACUUUCUCUGAUCGGCUCCACAUUUUCGAAGACCAGAAACAUGAGAUAUGGCCAGAUAAGAUACCAAGGGACCAUACUGUGACAAAAUUGGAAUUCAUGAUGAUCCCUCUUCCACUUAUAGUAAUCAUGUGGCUUAUGGCAGCGGUGGGAGUCACCUGUUCAGCAUGUUUCCUGUAUUUCAACAUCAGCAAUCGAAGGAACAGAAUUAUCAAGAUGUCGUCGCCGAAGCUCAAUAACAUAAUAAUCUUGGGGUGCAUACUUAGUUACGCCUCAGUCGUUCUUCUUGGAUUAGAUGCGAGGUUUCUCGAUAUUGGACAAUACGGGUACAUUUGCAACGCGCGAACCACAGUGCUGUCCUUCGGAUUUUCUUUAUCAUUUGGUGCCAUGUUCAGCAAGACUUGGCGAGUUCACAAGAUUUUCACAGCGGCUAAGACUCUCAAGAAAAUGGCAAUAAGGGAUUUUCACUUGCUCGCUAUUGUGGCCGGUUUAUUGCUGGUGGACUUUGUCUUCCUAUCCACAUGGAUAGCAAUUGAUCCUCUUGAGACCGAAAAAUUGCGAUUCGAAGAGCUGACAAAAAAAGAACAAGACGUUAUCAUUAUCCCUGCAUUAUUCCAAUGCACCUGUAGAUACAAGACAUAUUUUCUAGGGGUUUUGUUCAGCUAUAAAGGAAUCCUCCUCCUGUUUGGGCUUUUCCUGGCUUGGGAAACACGUAAUGUUACCAUCCCUGCUCUGAACGAUUCCCGAUACAUUGGUAUGUCGGUUUAUAACAUGGUGGUGCUGUCCAUCAUUGGGGCUAUUGUGGCCAUUGCCUUGGAUGGCUCCAUGUACUAUAAAGCCCCUUACGCCAUUUCAUCGCUGUGUCUCAUCGUGUGCACCACUGCGACGCUGUUACUUGUUUUUGUCCCAAAAAUUUAUCAAUUUCUCACAAAGGAUGAGUCGUUGACAACUCAGGCCUCGAGAAUGCAUAUUGGUCAAACUAGAAAAGGAGCUACUAGUAACAGCUUUAACCGUGGUGGUAGUCCCGUUCUGAGGGAGCGUAAUACCUCAUUCACGUGUAAAGGAACACAAACAGACUGUGAUGUUCCUGGAAGUGCAGUAAACGGACUCAAGUUCCAGUGCGAGGGUUCCUCGUCAGAUGACAUACCUCAUGAAAUACGGAUGGAUGAUAUCAAACUUAAAGAAAGAAUGGUGGUGGCAUUCAGUCCUCAGACUUGCAAGCCAAGCAUCAGAAUCUGUUACUCUGAAGCUAUGAGUAGUUUUUGAUAUAACUAUAAAAGACUGAAUUAUGUAGCAGCCUCCUAACUUGUUAUAUCCUUUUCCUACAACGCUCAUCAAAGAGUCGACCUAUUUCUCGUUUUUCCCACGCCUACAGAUUAGAUGAAAAGCUUUUAGAUUACUCUGCAAACGACCGAGGACAAGUCUUGAUUCUAACAAUUUCAGCUCCAAACCAUUUCCUUUCGGGCCAGGCUGCUUUUUACGAUUUACGUUAUGACGUAGCUGUGACACAUGAGUAGAGAACUGGUGUUACUUUCCAGGGUCAAAACGUCAAUAUCGGUCACAUUUUCAAAACAGUCAUGUAUAAUGUAUAGAAAACACCAGGCGACGUGAAUCUUAAAUACUCCAAUAUCGAAAGCAUAACCAGAGCAAACAGAACAAAAAAUAUGAUCCGGAAAUGUAGAACUGUUCUUAUUUCCCCCUAAUCCCCCACUCUCCCAAUAACGCAUGCUUCGCUAUAGGGACUCUAAGAUAGAAAUGAACACAACCCUUGAGUUAAGUUAAAUUUGCUGAUAUCAGUUGACACAUAACACUAUUACAAGUAAACUCACAAUUCCCCUAUUCGCUCCGACGAAGGGCUAACGCUCGAAACGU